AUGAAUACUAAUCAUCAAGUUAUCUCAAAAUCAUUGGACAAUCGUUUAAAUAUAUGGAAUACUGUUGCGGGUACGGGUAGUGUUGGAUCAACAUCAGUGACACUUAAUACUCCUCGUGGAGUUUUCGUUGAUAAAAACCUUAAUUUGUACGUGGCUGAUGCUUUCAACAAUCGGAUUCAAAAGUUUCCACCAGGACAAGUAAGUGGAAUAACAAUAGCAGGGAGUGGAGCAACUGGAACAAUUUCACUAUCGGUUCCCGGUGGAGUUAUGCUUGAUGCAGAUGGUUAUCUCUUCAUUGUAGAUGGUUGGAAUCAUCGUAUUAUCGGUUCAGGUCCCAAUGGUUUUCGAUGUAUAGCGGCAUGUUCUGGAGGGGGUUCAACAUCUACUCAAUUAUCUUUUCCAUUAACUCUUAGUUUCGACAGUUAUGGAAAUAUAUAUGUUGCUGAUCAAUAUAAUCACAGAAUUCAGAAAUUUCUUCUAGCAAUCAAUUCAUGUGGUAAGUAUAAUCAUAUGUCAUGA